AUUAACGAGCGUCGGUCGGAAUCGCACGCUUGUGCGACUUCGUUUGAUAGUAUUGUGCAUCUUACUCUUAUAUACUUUGGUAAAGAUGGUGCACAACACCAUACAGAUUGGCCUCGAGAGCAUGACGCGAGAUUUGAGUUCACCGAAUGGAGAUACUGCAGAGCGGAAGGGAAAUGUCACCUACGCUAUGGAUGACAUCCCUCCAUGGUAUCUGUGCAUAUUUAUGGCGUUGCAGCAUUAUUUGACCAUGAUCGGUGCAAUCGUGGCCAUCCCGUUCAUCCUGUGCCCCGCGCUCUGCAUGGCCGAGACUGACCCCGACCGCUCCAAUAUUAUAUCAACAAUGAUAUUUGUUACAGGUCUUAUAACAUGGCUUCAAGCGACAUUCGGCUGUCGCUUGCCGAUCGUCCAAGGCGGCACGAUAUCCUUCCUUGUACCCACUUUGGCUAUCCUCGGUCUGCCUGCGUGGAAAUGUCCAGAUCCCGCUGUACUGGAUGCUAUGAACGUGGACGAGAGAAGAGCGGUGUGGACUCUGAGGAUGUGUGAGCUGUCCGGUGCCAUUGCUGUUGCUUCGCUGUUCCAAGUCUUUGGAGGAUAUUUCGGUAUAAUUGGAUCUUUGCUUCGUUACGUGACGCCGCUGACAAUAGCCCCGACUGUCGCCUUGGUGGGCUUGACUCUGUUCGACCACGCGGCUGCAGCGGCAUCUCAGCAGUGGGGCGUAGCGGCUGGAACGUUCAUACUGCUAACAAUAUUCUCUCAGUGUAUGGGAGAAGUGAAGAUACCGGUAUUAUCUUGGAAGCGAGACACCGGAUUUGCGAUAAUUUGGUUUCCUCUCUUCAAACUGUUUCCGGUGUUGCUUACAAUAGUUAUAAUGUGGGCUGUGUGCGGUAUACUCACGGUGUCUGGCGCGCUAGGACCAGACCACCCUGCCAGAACUGAUGUCAAGCUCAACAUCAUCGAGAGGGCACCCUGGUUCAGAAUUCCUUACCCAGGUCAAUGGGGAGUACCGACGGUGAGCGUUGCUGGAGUUCUAGGCAUGCUGGCUGGGGUACUCGCGUGUACCGUGGAAUCUAUCAGCUACUAUCCUACUACUGCCAGAAUGUGUGCCGCACCACCGCCGCCGCUGCAUGCCAUCAACCGCGGCCUGGGCACUGAAGGGCUGGGUACGCUGCUGGCGGCGCUGUGGGGUGCCGGCAACGGGACCAACACCUUCGGCGAGAACGUGGGCGCCAUCGGCGUCACUAAGGUGGGUUCGCGCCGCGUGGUGCAGUGGGCGGCGGCGCUCAUGGUACUGCAGGGAGUGAUAGGGAAGCUCGGCGCCGUGUUCAUACUAAUCCCGCAGCCCAUCGUGGGAGGACUUUUUUGCGUAAUGUUCGGCAUGAUAUCUGCGUUUGGUCUGUCCGCGCUCCAGUACGUGGACCUGAACAGCUCCAGAAACCUGUACAUCAUCGGCUUUAGCCUGUUCUUCCCGCUGGUGCUCACGCGUUGGAUGAGCGCGCACGGAGGAAUCAUACACACCGGCGUUGAGGCGCUGGACGCCGUGCUGCAGGUGUUGCUGUCAACGUCUAUCCUUGUUGGUGGUGUGAUUGGGUGUUUUUUAGACAACUUGAUACCCGGCACCGAUGAGGAAAGAGGUCUCGCAGCGUGGGCCAAGGAAAUGUCUCUGGAAUGUGUGGCGGGCGAGACUGCAGAAACUUACGACUUCCCUAUCGGAAUGAGCUUUAUACGCAGGUGGAAAUGGACAAGCUAUCUUCCGUUCAUGCCAACUUACGAGCCGGGUAAGUUUACGGCUCUCUUCUUCAAGAAGAAAUUAUGAGGGAAAUAUUAUUAGUCAAAUUAUAUUUAACUAAAUUCUGUAUGUGGAAAUUUUCCGACAAAAACUGAUUUAUCCAGGUUUUCUCUAUAUGCGAGUUAUGUCGUGAAUUAUUUAGUAAUUCUAUCUUGAACGAUUAAAAAGCAUCAAUUUUCAUGGAUUUAUUGUAAACUAUAACUCGCCCACGACUUUGAGCGCCUGGAGUUUUAAAUCAGUACGAAAAUAGCUCCACUUCACGAUUGAAUCUGUAUGGAAAUGUCUAAAAAAAACCGAGUCCAAUUUUGUUUAGUUUGACAGUAAAACUAAAUUUGUUUUUUCGAUCUAUGUUGAUCCUAUAAAUGUUACUGAAAUACGUUUGUAAAUAGCUUUUACAUACAGACGUCAACCGGUUUUGUUUUCAUUAUUAUGUUCGAGCAUGCUAAAGUUUACAGGUUACAUUAGUAUUUAAAUUAACUUUUUACGUUAUAAGCGUACGUAUUUGGUUCGGUUUAAUUAUUUAAUAUUUUAUUGAAACUUUAAAAUUACAUGAAAGAAAAUUACUAUAUUUAGACUUAACAAAGAAGAAAAAUAUUAAAAACAGCAAAAAAUCUUAUGCCUAAUAUAGUGAUUUCUUACUUUAUAAGUGGUUGGAGGUUCUAAACUUUCGCUCAUUUAUAUACAUAUAUAAAGUUUGUAACUCAUCGUAUCUAUACGUGAGAAAUCCAUCUGGGAUUCAAUUGUGUCUUUGUACAGACAUACAUAAUUGUCAAUAUAAGUUACUAUGUUCGCUUGAAAUCUCCAGAGAUUACGUUGAGAUGACUUGCAUAAUUAAUGGUAUAAGAUUGCGGUGAAUGUGAACGUUUUCAAGUUUUUCAAUACAAUAAGUUAUUAAAUUAACCAUUUUCGCAAUGGAAAUGGAAUAGAAAUUCUAAAAGGUAGAAAAAUCCAUUCUCAAGUUUUGUACUUACUAUAAACAUUUAAAUUCAUUUUUAUUAAUAUCGAUUAAUUUUAAAAUAAAGCUAUCAAUGUCAUCAAUUAGUAAAUAUUGUAACGAGUGUUUUGAAUUUAAGUAGCAAAUGUAUUCAUUGUUUUAUUAAUUAAAGAAAUUAUUGUAUUACUAUUGUAAUAGUGAAAUGUAAUUAUAACUAGCAGGUUGAAAUUAAAGUUAUGGAACUGUU